GGCAUUGCCAUAUUCGCCUUGGACGUGAGUUUGUUCUCUUAGACUUGGCCGCAGGAAUGCUUAAAUUCACAUUAUCAAUCCUCCUUGUCCUGUUGGCUUCCACGCACACUAAUUGUGAAACCUUAUGCUCCGAUAUAUGCGAGGCAAAUUUUCCCACGGCCGAAGCUGCAGCUUGUAUUAAGGAAUGCGAUUUGAAAGAAACUGAAAUCUUAAAACAUCUUCAAUCCGAAGAUUUGAACGAACGUAAACGAGCUCUAUCUUCUUUUGUUAGGAUUGGCCGAGCUUUAAGCUCCUUCGUAAGAAUUGGCAGAAAUCCUGAAAAAAGACUAAGCUCUUUCGUACGAAUUGGAAAGAGCCAACCGGUAAAGGAAAUGAAUAAUUUUGUAGGAAUAGAUGAUGGAUUGAAUGAGAAAGCAAAGAGAAUGAGCAGUUUUGUUAGAAUUGGAAAGAACGUAAAUCUUGACGACGAAAAAGAAAAGAGAAUGAGCUCAUUCGUCAGAAUUGGUAAGAGACCAAUGAGCAGUUUUGUCAGAAUCGGAAGGAGUACCAAAUAAGGAAUAUAACUGUAUGUUGAUGUUGUAAAGAGAAUAUUUACUUUCAAAUGUAAAAAAAAUGAACAAUCAGUUCUAAUUUUUUUCGCUUCAAACAGUUUGUUUUUUUUUUCUUUAAAAAAAAAAACUAUAAAAAAUGAGAAGAAAAAGAAAGAAAAGUAUAUUUUCACAAGAUUUACUUAUUAUUCAAAUAGCACAAUAUAAAAUAAAGAACAACAACCAAACAACAAAAACAAAACAACAAAGAAACAAGUAAAUAAAAUUCAAUUUAGAGACAAUUUUUUUUAUCCCUAUUCAAUUUUCAAUCUAUGCUUUUUCUAUAUAUAUACUUUUUGUUUUAAUUCUCUUCUUCUCUUUCUUCUUCUUCUUCUUCUUCUUCUUCUCCAUUUUUUUAAACAAUUCAUGAAUUUAUCUUUCCUUUGCUCUUUAUUUAUUUGUUUGUAUACAAAUUCAAGAACAAACAAAAACUAUCAGACAACAGAUGAAAAACAAAGGAGACUUGAAUGUUAGAAACUGUACGAAGCCUUCAUCAAUUAAAAAUUAUUAUUUAUUACUGUUAUGUAAUCCAAUUUUCAAAUAUGCAUGUAGCGAGCAUGUAUUGAACAAUAGCCUAAGUACAUAUAUACUAUGUACAGUAUAUAUAUAUAUGUAUAUAUAUAUAAACUGUAUAUAUAUAUAUAUAUAUCCGUAUAAACGAUUCCAUUACCCAAUUUUAAAUAAAAUUCCAAGUGUGAUGAUGCAGACCAAAUCUUAGCUUCGGCAGCUAAAUAUACGACAUGAUAUACAAUUUUGAUAUAUUUCUAUAUUGUAUAUUGUUAGUUAAGUAAAGAAUUGCGUAAUAAUUCUAUGAAUCCUGGAUUAACGUUUUAAACGGUAAAACUAUAUUUAACUAGGUUUUUGGUUUUUUUUCCUUUUUUGCUUGGAUCGUCAAAUAAAUUCUA